GCCGCCGCCGCCUCCGUCGCUGUCGGGCUGAGCAGCCGGAAGAAGAAGAAGAAAAAAAAAGGGGGAACAGAUAAGGGGGAAAAAAAAAAAAACCCGAAAAACGCUUUAGAAUCUUAAAGGAAGAGAGGACAAGAAAAGGCGAGUCUUCGGAGAACCCGCGGGGAAGUCACUUUUGUUGCGCGCUUCCGGCCUGCCGCCCGGGGCGUCCGUGGGUCCGUCGGCCCGGUGGUGAGCGCCCGCCCGCGCCGCGUGGCAGCCCCGGCCCCGGCCCCGCCGGCCACCACGUGUCCGCGCUGCCCUUCGCCGGCCGCCCGCGCCUGCCCGAGUCGGCACCCACGAUUCGGUUUCCCUGUCCCUGGCUGUUGUAAUCUUAAACCGCCGGGAACCCGGGGCCUGUAUUUAUAGAGGAACGCGUGUCCCCGGGCCGCCGUGGGCAGCAUCUGGUUGCCUCUUGGAAGAAUUUUUCUUUUUUUUUCAUCUCUUUUUCUCCCCACUACAGAAAAGAGGUUGGUCGUUUUAAGGUUUUUUUUGUUGUUUUUAAAUUAUUUUAGCGUGUUUAAUUUGGAACCUCAACCCGGGACAGCUAAAAAUUAGAAACUCCGGGUGAGGGCCAUAUUUUUUCUUUUUGGAGCGCCUUUUGUCUUGUGCUUGGCUGGCCUCGAACUCGCGUUUCGGUCUGUGAGCCUCAGACCCCGGCCUCCUGUCCGUGCCCGGUGCCACCUGUGAGCGGCGCGGGGCCACGGCUCCGAGCGGAGCCCCCACCCCCUUUCUCUUUAUUUAUUUUUCUUCGGUCCUGUGGUGGGUCCCUCUUAAGCAGUCCUCCUGGCGGGGCUCGGGGUGGUGGGGGGCGGGGAGAUGAACGCUGCGGCCAGCAGCUACCCCAUGGCCUCCCUGUACGUGGGUGACCUGCACUCGGACGUCACCGAGGCCAUGCUGUAUGAAAAGUUUAGCCCUGCGGGGCCUGUGCUGUCCAUCCGGGUCUGUCGCGAUAUGAUCACCCGACGCUCCCUGGGUUAUGCCUACGUGAACUUCCAGCAGCCAGCCGACGCCGAGCGGGCCUUGGAUACCAUGAACUUUGAUGUGAUUAAGGGAAAGCCAAUCCGCAUCAUGUGGUCGCAGAGGGAUCCCUCUCUGAGAAAGUCUGGCGUGGGGAAUGUCUUCAUCAAGAACCUGGACAAAUCUAUAGAUAACAAAGCACUUUAUGACACGUUUUCUGCUUUUGGAAACAUCCUAUCCUGUAAGGUGGUGUGUGAUGAGAACGGCUCUAAGGGUUAUGCCUUUGUCCACUUUGAGACGCAAGAGGCUGCCGACAAGGCCAUAGAGAAGAUGAACGGCAUGCUCCUCAAUGACCGCAAAGUGUUUGUAGGCAGGUUUAAGUCUCGCAAAGAGCGGGAAGCUGAACUUGGAGCCAAAGCCAAGGAAUUCACUAAUGUUUAUAUCAAAAACUUUGGGGAAGAGGUGGAUGAUGAGAGUCUGAAAGAUCUGUUUAGUCAGUUUGGUAAAACGCUCAGUGUGAAGGUGAUGAGGGAUCCCACUGGGAAGUCCAAAGGCUUUGGUUUUGUGAGCUAUGAGAAGCAUGAAGAUGCCAAUAAGGCCGUGGAAGAGAUGAAUGGAAAAGAAAUUGGCGGGAAAGUCAUUUUUGUAGGCCGUGCACAGAAGAAAGUAGAACGGCAGGCCGAAUUAAAACGGAAAUUCGAACAGCUGAAACAGGAGCGAAUUAGUCGAUACCAGGGUGUAAACCUCUAUAUUAAGAACUUGGAUGACACUAUUGAUGAUGAGAAGUUACGGAAAGAAUUUUCUCCUUUCGGGUCAAUCACCAGUGCAAAGGUGAUGCUGGAGGAUGGAAGAAGCAAAGGGUUUGGCUUUGUUUGCUUCUCAUCUCCUGAAGAGGCUACCAAAGCAGUCACUGAGAUGAAUGGACGCAUCGUGGGUUCCAAGCCACUGUACGUUGCCCUGGCCCAGAGAAAGGAAGAGAGAAAGGCCCAUCUGACCAAUCAGUACAUGCAGCGUGUGGCUGGAAUGAGAGCACUGCCCGCCAAUGCCAUCUUAAAUCAGUUCCAGCCUGCAGCUGGUGGCUAUUUUGUGCCAGCAGUUCCACAGGCUCAGGGAAGACCUCCUUAUUACACCCCUAACCAGUUAGCACAGAUGAGGCCUAAUCCACGCUGGCAGCAAGGUGGGAGACCUCAAGGCUUCCAAGGAAUGCCAAGUGCUAUACGCCAGGCUGGGCCUCGUCCAACUCUUCGCCAUCUGGCUCCAACUGGUAAUGCUCCGGCCUCUCGUGGCCUCCCUACUACCACUCAGAGAGUCGGGUCUGAGUGCCCGGACCGCUUGGCUAUGGACUUUGGUGGGGCUGGUGCCGCCCAGCAAGGGCUGACUGACAGCUGCCAGUCUGGAGGUGUUCCUGCAGCUGUGCAAAACCUAGCACCUCGUGCUGCUGUUGCUACCGCUGCCCCUAGGGCGGUCGCACCAUACAAAUAUGCGUCCGCUGUCCGCAGCCCUCACCCUGGCAUACAGCCUCUGCAGGCCCCCCAGCCCGCUGUCCACGUGCAGGGCCAGGAGCCUCUGACCGCCUCCAUGCUGGCCGCAGCACCCCCCCAGGAGCAGAAGCAGAUGCUGGGAGAACGAUUGUUCCCCCUCAUCCAAACGAUGCACGCAAACCUGGCCGGAAAGAUCACAGGGAUGCUGCUGGAGAUCGACAACUCGGAGCUGCUGCACAUGCUGGAGUCCCCGGAGUCCCUCCGCUCCAAGGUGGAUGAAGCUGUGGCAGUUCUGCAGGCUCAUCAUGCCAAGAAAGAAGCUGCCCAGAAGGUGGGCGCUGUCGCUGCUGCUACCUCUUAGACAUGGAAAAACCGAUUCAAAAAGCCAAAUAACCCCUUGUGGAGUUCAGCUCAAGGUUUGAAGACUUCGUAGCUUGUCCUAUGGACCUCAACACCAAGAACCACAAAUUACAAAUUUAAUAGGUCAUUUUGUAUCAAAAGGUCAAUUAAUGAAGCACCUAGAAUUUUUCGAUUAUAUGACUCUAUUCUCUGGGUUCUGCUUUGACCCAGAUAGUGUGAACUUUUUUUUCUAUUGUGGGUUUUGAUUUUUUUCUCCUACCCUGGAAAUUGAAUUUAUUUGAUGUACCCAGGUCUUAUGUUUCUCAAUAAAGAAAAAUCUCCAUAAAA